AGACCCACAGCAGUGCCUCAGUGCCAUGAUCCCUGCUCCCGGAGGAAGACCGGAGCCCGCCGGAGCCGCACCGCACCGCCACUGCAGAGCACAACUCCCUGGGCCCAGAAGUUCACGGAAACAGGUGUCAGGACAGGACCGGUUCCCGACCCGCUCAUCCAGGUGAGGGCGACGCUCGUGGCCUGAGGUUUCCCUGAGAGCCUCCGGCUGGAGUUUGAGGAGCGUCAGCGGAAGCAGACGCGGCACUAGCGGAAGAACAUCUCGCAGCCUAGCACACACUACACCAGGCUAAUGAGUGUUUGCAGGUGAGCCCCGGAGAACAGCAUCACACAGAGGUGGGAUCAGAGACAGAUGUGAAGAAGGAACCAGAGAAGGUUCCUGAAGCUCAGCAUCAGACGGACCCUGUGCAAACAGACCAGCCCGACAAACCCGCCGACAGCGACGCCCAGCCUGUGGCCAGUGCCGCCCAACCAGAGGAGAGCCGGAGUGCAGAGCCGGAGAGCCCGCAGAAGGAGGAGUCGUCUCCCAAUCCCAGCAGCCCUCCUGCCACCGGCGGACAGAAGAAGGAGAAGGGCAUCUCUCGCUUCCUGCCUCCAUGGCUUAAACGACAGAAGUCCCAGAUCCAAGACCAAGCCCCCGAGAGCGCCGAGCAGCCCCAGAGCCUGAGCCUGAAGGAGGAGGAGGAGCAGAGCGAGCCGAAAGACCAGCCGGACGGAGCAGGAGCCGCCCCCGACACAGAGAACACAGAGGAGGUGAAGGAGGAGAGCAGGCCCGAGCAAGUGCAGCUGGAGGAGAACGGGAAAGAGGAGGAGAAGUCAGUCGGCAGUGCUGACACACAGCCUGUGAGGGAGGAGAAAGAGGCAGAAUCGGAAGUGAAGGAGCGCGAGGAGGAGAAGAAAGGGGAAGAGCAAGUGAUUCAGCAGGAGACGAGUGUGCUGUCGCCCCUCAGACUCAACAAGAAGAUGAAGAUGGUGGUGUGUCACGUGACUCUACUGGACGGCAGCCAGUUCUCCUGCGAGGUGGAGAAACGGGCAAAAGGCCAGUACCUGUUUUUUGAAGUCUGCGAACACCUGAAUCUGAUAGAGAAGGACUACUUCGGCCUGAGCUUUAAAGACAACGCUGAGCAGAGGUGCUGGCUGGACCCUACCAAGGAAAUCAAGCGGCAGAUCCGCAACUCUCAGUGGCAGUUUGCGUUCAGUGUGAAGUUCUACCCCCCUGACCCGUCCCAGCUGACCGAGGACAUCACCAGGUAUCUGUUAUGCCUUCAGCUGAGGCAGGACAUCGCGUCGGGACGUCUGCCGUGUUCGUUCGUCACACACGCGCUGCUGGGCUCGUACUCCCUGCAGGCCGAGCUGGGCGACCACGACCCGGACGAGCAUCGCCUGGACUACAUCUCCGACCUGCAGUUCGCCCCCAACCAGACCAAGGAGCUGGAGGAGAAGGUGGUGGAGCUGCACAAGUCACACAGGGGAAUGACUCCAGCCCAAGCAGACGCCCAGUUUUUGGAGAAUGCGAAGAAGCUGUCCAUGUACGGCGUAGACCUGCAUCACGCCAAGGACUCUGAGGGAGUGGACAUCAUGUUGGGAGUGUGUGCAAACGGUUUGUUAAUCUAUAAGGAUCGUCUGCGGAUAAACCGCUUCGCUUGGCCCAAAAUCCUCAAGAUCUCCUACAAACGCAGUAACUUCUACAUCAAGAUCAGGCCAGGAGAGGCGGAGCAGUUCGAGAGCACCGUCGGCUUCAAGCUGCCCAACCAUCGGGCCGCCAAAAGAGUUUGGAAAGUGUGUGUCGAGCACCACACCUUCUUCAGGCUGAUGUCUCCAGAAAACCCCACCAAGAGCAAGUUCCUGACCCUGGGCUCCAAGUUCCGCUACAGCGGGCGAACGCAGGCGCAGACGCGACAGGCCAGCUCCCUCAUCGACCGGCCCGCGCCCUACUUCCAGCGCACCUCCAGCAAACGCAUCUCGCGCAGUCUUGACGGAGCUCCUAUGGUGAACGUGAGCGAUUACAGUCACGCUGUGGACUCCGCCCUGACCGCCGGCGCUGGGGAGAACGGACCGGCCCUGGAGCUCAACUCUGACUCGAAGAGUCCACAGGUGGAGGUCGUGGAGAAGCCAGACCCGGACGUGGCCACAUCAGUCACCUAUGAAUCGGCCAUUGAGCGGACGGAUAAAGGUGGCACUGGCGCUCCUGAGAGAAAGAGCAAGUUGAGAGUGCAGGGGGAAAAUAUAUAUGUCAGACAUAGCAAUUUAAUGUUGGAGGACUUGGAUAAGACCCAGGAGGAUGUAUUGAAGCAUCAGGCUAGCAUUAGCGAGCUAAAGCGCAGUUUUAUGGAGGCUACGCCCGAGCCCAGGCCCAGUCAGUGGGACAAACGCCUGACGGGCAGCCCUGCCACCACCCUGCGCUUGCAGGCUCAAGGGAGUUUGGAAGAGGAGCUCACCUCUCUCUUUCUGAGUAAGGCGUGCUUCUCGGGCCUGGCGGGCUCCUGCAGUACCACUGCUGCUCCAGCAGAGGUUCCUCAGAAAAGCCCUCCUCAUCCCGAGAGCGACAGCAGAGACGCCAGCAAGAGCACAGAGGUCAAACCUGAAGUGAACGGCCAGCCAGAGUUCGUAGAGGUCAUGGAAGAGACCGUCGUCAUCGAGGAGGUCAUCAAAGCCAAGCCCAGAAGCCCCGCCCCCGAGACCCCGGUUACCAUGGAGACGGAGGUCAAGGAGGACAGGAGUUUAUCCUCGGACAGCGAGAGCGAAGAAGAGGCGGAGUAUCACGCUCAGACACCCAGCGCGAGCAUCUCCGUUCAGCAGAUCGCGGAAGAGCCUGAGGAAGAACAGGAGGCGGAGCUUAUACAGCAAGCCCCGCCCUCUGCGGUAGAGUCGCAGCCAAUCACAGAAGCAGAACCAGCUGACUCCGCCCCUAGUGCAGUGGAAGAGCAAGCAACCGCACAACCUGAAGAGGAAGAGCGUACGGACAAGGACGACGCUCGCAAUGGCCACGCCCCCGCUGACGAAGCCCCGCCCCCUCUCAGAGCCGUAGAGGAGGAGCCUCCCGUCGUCAACGGCAGCGUCUCUCGCGUGGAGGCGGAGCUCCUGCCGCAGGUUAUCUGUUGCUCGGAGCCUCCUGUGGUGAAGACUGAGAUGGUCACGAUUUCAGACACGUUCGCUGCUCAGAAGACGGAGAUCUCCACGAAGGAGGUGCCCAUCGUGCACACGGAGACCAAGACCAUCACGUACGAGGCCGCGCAGUUGGAUGGUAAUGGAGACGGGGAGCCGGGAGUGCUUAUGACAGCUCAAACCAUCACCUCUGAGUCACUCUGCACCACCACCACCACACACAUCACCAAGACACUAAAGGGCGGGCUGUCAGAAACUCGCAUCGAGAAGCGCAUCGUCAUCACGGGAGACUCGGACAUCGAUCACGAUCAGGCGUUGGCCCAGGCUAUAAAGGAGGCCAAAGAGCAGCACCCUGACAUGUCGGUCACUCGCGUGGUGGUCCACAAAGAGACGGAGCUGGCCGAGGACGAGGACUGAAGGACAGAGCUGAAGUCCCGCACGUUCCUCCAGGGGUCAGAGGUCAUCUAUGGAGGAGAGCAGCUCUGGUCCUGCACAGAAACUGCUUCAUCUUCUAUCAUUCAGAACCACUUAGCUAACAUCUGUAGCAUUUUAUUUUUUUAGUGUUUGUUUUAUCUCUUUCCCUCAGAAGAUUGUCUUGGCUAGAUUUCUGUUAUUUUUAUUGUUGAUUAGUAAUUCACAUUCCUAGUCUGGAUUUGGAGGAGAAUCCCGUCGUGGAGGAGUACAGUGUAAUAAUGAUAAUAAUAAUAUGAGGAGCGUGAGCUGAACCUUUAGGGGGCGGGGCUAAAGAUUGAUUGAUUGGUUGGUUUUCAUGAUGUGUUUUAUAAGGGACAGUGGCACUGUGUGAUUUCUCACUGGUGGACGGCAGUGCCAAUCUUUCCUCUACACACACACACACACACACACAUUCCACCGAGGGGAGGAGGAACGCCUUCUACCUCUGAGCAACAAGACGAAACCUUACAAACUCCAGAAAACUUAGGCAGCUCUUUGGAAAGUUUGGCAUUUCCAGCCCUUUCCUGGCACCAAUAUUCAUAUAUAUUUGUAGAAACCUGUUUUUCUUUUUUUUUUUUUAUCUGACGAUUUUGAGGAAGUCGGCCUGUUUGCCCUUUUAAAUCUUUUUAAUCUCUUUCCGAUACUUUUGAUGAAAUGAUCAAACGCGACCAAACUGCCAGUGCUAAUGUCUCUCUGCUUCUCCUGUGUAUAGCAGUUCAUCGUAGGAUUGACUUUUUCUUUUUUUUAAGCAGCUUUGAAUGAUCUGUCAUGUUUUUAUGCCCCACCCAACCCAUUGUGUAACACUCUUCAAAAUAAAGUUUGUUUAUUCUCUAAUAA